ACUGAGAUGGAGGCGUACAUCACCGACUACAGCAGAAAUUCGGGGGCUGGGUUUGGGGGGCGUGGAGCCACUGGACCUCCCGGACCGCCCGGACCCCCCGGGGGCCUGUCCAGGGCCGACCUGACCGUCUACCUGCAGGACGAGGAUGUGCUGCGUUACCUGCGCGGACCCCAGGGACCGCCCGGAGCCCGGGGGCCACGAGGAGACGGGGUCAGUCGCACUGAGAUGGAGGCUUACAUCACCGACCGACUACAGCAGAAGCUGGAGGGCUGGCUCUGGACAGCCGGGACCACCAGGACCACCGGGACCACCCGGCAGCCUCUCCGUGACCGGCGACCUCACCGCCCUCCUGCAGGAUGAGAACGUGCGCAAGUACCUGAUCGGCCCCCCUGGUCGCACCGGACCCGCUGGCCCCGCUGGACCCGCCGGGAGACCCGGCUACACCGAGACCGCGGGAGUGACCAACAUCCAGCUGGACUACGGAGAUAUCACCGCCCGGCUACAGCAGUACCUCAGCAGUUCGGGACUGAGUCUCGGGGCGAGAGGCCCCCCCGGUCCUCCGGGAGCCCCCGGUUCCAUGUCCAGCAGCCAGCUCCUGGCCCUGCUGCAGAGCCCGCGUUUCAGCGGGGUGAUCGGACAGCCCGGACCAGCUGGACCACGAGGGCUGCCCGGCCCAGCAGGUGCCCCCGGACUGGGAGGGAACCUCCGUGUGGAAGACGUGCUCACCUACAUUCAGAAUUCGGGCUACAGUGUGAGAGGGCCCCCCGGCCCACCAGGACCGGCAGGCGGCAGCUUAGGUUCCGAGGACCGGCAACAGCUCAAGAGCGAGAUCAUCGACUACUUCUCCAGUGACAGAAUGAGGCCCUACUUCACUGGACCCCCUGGACCUCCAGGGCAGGUUGUAUACUCUGAACUUGCCCCACGAAUGAUCCAGUAUAUGCAAGAGAACGGACUGAUUGAUCCACGAGUCUUCAGGAGAGGUGCUGGAGGGCACCACGGAGUGCUGUGGAGAGAGGGGACGUACAACAAUGACACCAGCCUGGAGGGCUACAUGAGGGAUCACGGCUGGGUCCUCCGCACUUCAUCCCGAAACUCAGGCGUGCCGGGGGCAAGUGAGUGGCAGCAGUUUGACUGGGAGAAGGUGUUCAAUGGGAACAGGACAGCGUAUGAAGAAUACCUGAGAGACCACGGCUGGGCAGUGUCCACGUCCCACCACUCAGCAUCAUCCAGCCAUCCCCGCGCUGACUGGCAGAAAGUCUUCAAUGGCAACAGGACAGCAUACGAGGAAUACCGCAGAGUGUACGAGGCAGCAGGAGACGAUGGUCAGGACGAUGAUGUCACACUAACACGGUGCCGGUGA